AUGACCUUAACGGAACAGAGCUUUCAGGAGUCUCCUCCACCCCCUUCUGAGGUGGCUAAGGCAGACAUGGAUGUCUCAGGAGGGAAGGAGAAGGCUGUGCACCUCUCCACGGCAAGGACUGGAGUGCUGGUGCCCAAGCAGCGAGCAACGGGAAGGCUGAUCAUGCACAGCAUGGCGAUGUUCGGAAGGGAGUUCUGCUAUGCCGUGGAGGCUGCCUUUGUCACGCCGGUGCUGCUCAGUGUAGGGCUGCCCAAGAACCUGUACAGCCUGGUGUGGCUUAUCAGCCCCAUCCUGGGCUUCGUGCUGCAGCCCGUGGUAGGUUCUGCCAGUGAUCACUGUGCCUGUAGCUGGGGCAGGAGGCGACCUUACAUUCUGGGUCUGGGCAUCAUAAUGCUGGUAGGCAUGGCUUUGUACCUCAACGGGGACGAGAUGAUCACAGCUUUCAUCGGUGAAAGAGACAAGCAGCGGACAUGGGCAAUAGUCAUUACCAUGCUGGGAGUAGUGCUUUUUGAUUUUGCAGCUGACUUUAUUGAUGGCCCCAUCAAAGCAUAUUUAUUCGAUGUCUGCUCUCAUCAAGAUAAAGAAAAGGGUCUGCAUUAUCAUGCCCUAUUCACAGGCUUAGGAGGAGCACUAGGCUACCUGACAGGUGCUGUGGACUGGGGUGAAACUGUACUAGGAUACACCUUGAUGUCAGAAUUCCAGGUGAUUUUCCUCUUGUCAGCCUUGGUUUUCCUCAUCUGCCUUAUUGUACAUCUACGCAGUAUUCCUGAAGUCCCACUCAGAUAUGACAAUGAAGAGACAAAGCUCUUGUUGGAAGUGACUGAGCCCUAUAAGUACAGCUCCAUAGAGGAAAUCAAGAAUGGAUACUUGUCACAUACUGACUUAAAUGCUACAAGUAAGCCGAAGAAAGGUGCUGACACAUCGUGUACAGAGGCUCAAAGGAGGAUGACUCUUAAAUCACUCUUGAAGACUCUUUUAAGCAUGCCAUCCCAUUAUCGCUAUCUGUGUGUGAGCCACCUCUUUGGAUGGAUGGCUUUCCUGUCCAACAUGCUCUUCUUCACGGAUUUCAUGGGACAGGUUGUGUACCAGGGCAGUCCUUAUGCUUCUCAUAACUCCACACUUUACCAUACCUACAGAAGAGGAGUGGAGGUUGGAUGCUGGGGGCUGUGCAUCAAUGCAAUUGCAUCCUCAGCCUAUUCUUACCUGCAGAAAGUCCUUCUGCCAUACACAGGAUUAAAGGGACUUUAUUUCAUUGGAUACCUACUUUUUGGAUUAGGCACUGGGUUGAUUGGCUUGUUUCCCAAUGUCUAUUUCACUUUGGUUCUAUGUUCACUUUUUGGAGUCAUGUCCAGCACUCUGUAUACUGUGCCAUUCCAGCUCAUUGCAGAGUAUCACAAAGAAGAAGAGGACCUGAAUCUGCAGCAGAAAGAACAAGGCAUGGAGCAUGGGAGAGGCAAGGGCAUUGACUGUGCUGCUCUGACCUGCAUGGUCCAGCUGGCACAGAUCAUUCUUGGUGUGGGCCUCGGUCUCUUGGUCAGUGUUGCCGGCAGUGCAGUCACUGUGAUUUCGGCAUCAAUGGUGGCACUGAUUGGCUGCUGCUUUGUGGCUUUUUGUGUUCGAUAUGUGAGGUAAGACUGUCUGAAACAAUUGGAAGAAAAAAAAAACCCAUAGGAUCAGCACUGGUACUGUUGCCAUGCUGAUACUGCUGAUGCAUCCUCCUCUCUUACCUGCUUGGAGCAGCUGCAAUUACAGAGCAUCACUUAACCACAAAGUGAAGACUUGGUGAAAUUGGUUGCCUAAUGCCUCAGGUAGAAAGUUUCUCCAUUCUGAGUGCUUUAUUACUGCCUUCCUGCUGACCUCAGUGCAUGAACAUGUUAUUACACUUGAAGACACAUCUGCCUGUGGUAUCUUGAUGCCCUACGUGAGGAGCCAUUGUGAAACUCACUAUCAG